CAAAUUAAUCGACAAAUCCCGCCUCUUCUGGCAUCGAACUGGUCAUCCCUGGUCGAAUUUUGAGCAGAUUUUGUUUACAAACUUUAGAAAUUGCGAAAUCGAGCUCAUUGGCAAGAUGAGCGGCAGCUACAAGACCCCGCGCAAGCAGAGCCUGAAGUCGAUCGAAAACCUCACAAACUCGGAGGAAGAAUCCGCGGACCUGGACACGGCCAUAGUCGGGGAUGCGGAAACUGGGGCGAGCUCCACACGGAGCACUCGUCGCUCCACUCGCCGGCCGAGUCCCACCAAGAAGUACCAGGCCUACCAGCGGGAGAAUGGAAGCCGGCAGCCGGAGCACGUGGUGGUUAACUAUGUGGAGGUCUCGGACGAUGAGAGCCAGGAUGUGGAUAUAGAGAGUGACGAUAACUUCAAAGUGGUUCAGGCUCAGGUGGAGGAGGAGGAGGACCAAGAAGAAGUGAAAAGCACUGCCAAACCCACGUCCAAAGAUCUUAAUCUCAUCCACUCCGAGUACAAUGUGGCCGGGAGCAGCCUGUUUGGCUUCAAUACGCCCAAAAAGCGAGAUGCCAUGGCCCUGGCCGCCCUCAAUGCCACGCCCCGCACGCCCAAGACCCCGAAGACCCCACGACUGGGCGUCAAGACGCCGGAUACCAAGCGCAAGGGAUCCGCCGCGGAUCAGCCAAAGACGCCCUCCCAUGUGCGCAACCGUGUCAAGAAUCAGAUUGCCAAAAUAGUGGCCGACUCUGGCGACGAGGAUUUUUCCGGCGACGAGAGCGACUACCGACCAAGUGGCGAGGAAUCCCUGAGCAGCAGUAGCAGCAGCGGUUCCUCCUCAGAGAAUGACGCCGCCGACGAUGAUGAGCCCAAGACGCCAUGCAAAACGCGGCGUGCCAUUGUGGUUCCCAUUCUGCCCAAAACUCCGUCGGCAGCCCGACUCCGGCAAACGGCACGGGCCAAAAAGUCCAAUGAGUUUGUACCCGAGAGCGAUGGUUACUUCCAUUCGCAUGCCAGCACCAAGAUCCUCACCUCGGAUCACACUUUGGACCGCCUUAAGAAUCCCCGUCUGGCCGCCGAUCGCCUGUUUAGCUUGCUGUCGGAAAUGAAGCUGUCGGCGGAGCACGAGACCUCGAUCAAUGCCAUUAUGGAGGAGUAUCGCUCGUACUUUCCCAAGUGGAUGUGCAUCCUCAACGAGGGCUUCAAUAUAUUGCUCUAUGGACUGGGCUCCAAGCGGCAGCUGCUGCAGGCCUUUCACCGCGAGGUGUUGGGCAAACAGACGGUCCUGGUGAUAAACGGCUUCUUUCCCAGUCUGACUCUGAAGGAUGUGCUGGACAGCAUCACAAGCGAGAUUUUGGAUGCGGGAAUUAGUCCAGCAAAUCCGCACGAGGCAGUGGAUAUGAUCGAGGAGGAGUUUUCCCUAAUACCGGAGACGCAUCUCUUUCUGAUUGUCCACAAUUUGGAUGGAGCUAUGCUGCGCAAUGUGAAGGCCCAGGCCAUUCUGUCCCGACUGGCGCGAGUGCCCAACAUACAUCUGCUGGCCUCCAUUGAUCAUAUCAAUACACCAUUGCUGUGGGAUCAGGGCAAACUGAGCAGCUUCAACUUCUCCUGGUGGGACUGCACCACUAUGCUGCCUUAUACCGAUGAGACCGCCUUUGAGAACUCCCUUUUGGUGCAAAAUUCGGGCGAACUGGCCCUCUCCUCAAUGCGCAGCGUCUUCUCCUCGCUGACCACCAACUCGCGAGGCAUUUACAUGCUGAUUGUCAAGUAUCAGCUGAAGAACAAGGGCAAUGCCACAUACCAGGGCAUGCCGUUCAGGGAUCUGUACUCCAGCUGCCGCGAGGCCUUCUUGGUCAGCUCUGAUCUAGCUCUGCGCGCCCAGCUAACCGAGUUCCUGGACCACAAACUGGUCAAGUCCAAGCGGAGUGUGGACGGCUCCGAGCAACUAACCAUUCCCAUUGAUGGCGGCCUGCUGCAGCAGUUCCUCGAGGAGCAAAAGGACAAGAAAUAGAGGUCCGUCGAGCAGUAAUUUUAGAACAUAUUAAUUUAUUAUCUAAUAUCUCGUUUAAAUACAAUUACAAUUUUUCGCUUUUUAAAAA